AUGGCGUCCACCACCUUCAGCGGAGACGAUACCCUUCUUCGGCUUCCUCGGCGCCGCCACUUCCCUAGUCUUCUCCUGUCUGGGAGCGGCAUAUGGGACGGCAAAGAGCGGUGUCGGGUGGCGUCGAUAGGAGUGAUGAGGCCGGAGCUGGUGAUGAAGUCGAUUGUGCCGUAUUGGGGUAAUCCUAAGGCCAAGUCUUAUUAUCUUUUGGACGGCUAUGAGAGUCUUGUUUGCGGCCUCGUCGGUCUCUCUGCUAGAAUGGCUAUCAAGAUCGUUGUGUAUGAACGUCCUUCUUCUUUGCUAGCAGCGGCUUCGCCGCUGAGCUCGUCGGACUGA